GCGGGGCCGCCUAGGGGAUGAAGUCGGGGUGCUCGGCGCUCCGGCCUCACUUGCCGCUGCCGGGCGCCGGGCAGAGCGAACCCCGACUCUGUACGGGCGUGCAGACCUCUGACCCUGGAGUCUCUCAGCCGCCGGGAGCAGUCCCCUUGGGUCGUCGCCCGGGCCGCCCGCCGUUCCCCGGCCCCGAGGGGACCGGCCGGCCGCGGUGGGGGGAGAGGUCAGCAUGAGCCGGGGGGUCCGGCGGGCCGGCGCAGGGCAGGGGGCGGCGGCCGCAGUGCAGCUGCUGGUUACCCUGAGCUUCCUCCCGAGCGUCGUCGAGGCCCAGGUCACCGGAGUCCUGGAUGAUUGCUUGUGUGAUAUUGAUAGCAUCGAUAACUUCAACACCUUCAAAAUCUUCCCCAAAAUAAAAAAAUUGCAAGAGCGAGACUAUUUCCGUUAUUACAAGGUUAAUCUGAAGCGACCAUGUCCUUUCUGGGCAGAAGAUGGCCAUUGUUCAAUAAAAGACUGUCAUGUUGAGCCCUGUCCAGAGAGUAAAAUUCCAGUUGGAAUUAAAGCUGGGAGUUCUAAUAAGUACUUGAAAGUGGCAAACAAUACCAAAGAAUUAGAAGAUUGCGAGCAAGCUAAUAAACUGGGAGCAAUUAACAGCACCUUAAGUAACCAAAGCAAAGAAGCUUUCAUUGACUGGGCAAGAUAUGAUGAUUCACAGGAUCACUUUUGUGAACUUGAUGAUGAGAGAUCUCCAGCUGCUCAGUACGUAGACCUGUUGCUGAACCCAGAGCGCUACACCGGCUAUAAAGGGCCCUCGGCAUGGAGAGUCUGGAACAGCAUCUACGAAGAAAACUGUUUCAAGCCUCGAUCUGUUUAUCGUCCUUUAAAUCCUCUGGCACCCAGCAGAGGAGAAGAUGAUGGAGAAUCAUUCUACACAUGGCUGGAAGGUUUGUGUCUGGAGAAAAGAGUCUUCUAUAAGCUUAUAUCGGGACUUCAUGCUAGUAUCAAUUUACAUCUAUGUGCAAAUUAUCUCUUGGAAGAAACCUGGGGUAAACCUAGCUGGGGACCUAAUAUGAAAGAAUUUAAACGCCGUUUUGACCGUGUGGAAACCAAAGGAGAAGGUCCAAGAAGGCUAAAGAAUCUAUACUUUUUAUACUUAAUUGAGCUCCGAGCUUUAUCAAAGGUGGCCCCAUAUUUUGAGCGCUCAAUUGUUGAUCUUUACACUGGAAAUGUAGAAGAGGAUGCUGACACAAAAACCCUUCUACUGAAUAUCUUUCAAGACACAAAGUCCUUUCCCAUGCACUUUGAUGAGAAAUCCAUGUUUGCGGGUGACAAAAAGGGGGCCAAGUCAUUAAAGGAGGAAUUCCGGUUACAUUUCAAGAAUAUCUCCCGUAUAAUGGACUGUGUUGGAUGUGACAAAUGCAGAUUAUGGGGGAAAUUACAGACUCAGGGUUUAGGAACUGCCCUGAAGAUAUUAUUCUCUGAGAAAGAAAUCCAAAAACUUCCAGAGAACAGCCCAUCUAAAGGCUUCCAACUCACUCGACAGGAAAUAGUUGCUCUCUUAAAUGCUUUUGGAAGGCUUUCUACAAGUAUAAGAGAGUUACAGAAUUUUAAAGUCUUAUUACAACACAGUAGGUGCCAUUGUAUAUAAGAAAGGACAGCUAUUUUGAUCUUCAUCAGCAUUGCCUUCACUGGAAAUUUGGGAACAGGUCACAGUAAACCUCUCAGCAGUUUGCAGACUGAAGUACCUGCAGAAACCAUAGCUACUCACCAAAAUACAGAGACUGGGUGCAUGGUAUCAUGGAAAUUAUUUGGUAAAACAAAAUAACACACACACACACACACAAAUUUAUGUGUACUCUAUUUUAAGUAACAUCUACAGGUGCAGGUUGGAUUUUGAACAGAAUUCCAAAUAAUUUGCUGUUAUACCCACCAGAUUGUAGAAAAUGUGAA